AUGGAAAACGGGACGGAAAAGCCAAGCAGCGCGGUGAAGAAAGUGCCCGUCAGGAUCGUGCGCUCUCAGGGAAUGCCGGAGACGGAGAACGGGAGGACGUUUCCGCGGCCUGACGAGGCAUCUGCGGCCGGAACGGGCGGUCCUGAUAUUAGCAAACUCGGCAGAUUGGGAGCCAGUGGGCAGGACUCGGUCUUCUGCACUUUCACUCGGCAGAAAGAACUUGAUGAACCUGGUGUGACUUCGGACCAGGGCGAGAGGGACGCCGCCACCCCGACGAUGUCUGAAGAGCAGAAGAGGGAGGAGCUGGCCCGCGACAUCAUGGACAAGGACAAGUCGCUGGCUGACAUCCUGGACCAGAGCAAGAUGAAAACCACCAUGGACCUGAUGGAGGGCCUGUUCCCUCAGGGCGAGCAGCUGCUGGAAGGAGCUCACCAACGCAAGAAAGCACCCGCCAAACCCCCGAACGCCACCCGGCAGGCUGAGGAAAGGGAGAAGGAAGACAGCAUGGCGGCGGCGGUUGCCUUGGUGACCAGCUCUGCGUAUUACAGCACGUCGGCCCCCAAAGCUGAGCUUCUCAUCAAAAUGAAAGACAUGCAGGAGCAGAACGAGGACUAUGACGACUCGGAGGACGAACUGGACAUGGAUCUGGCGAACAAGAAACAAGAGCUGAUGGACAGCCUGAGCAAGAAGCUUCAGGUCCUGCGCGAAGCCCGCCAAAGCCUGCAGGAGGACGUGCUGGACAACAACGCGCUGGGAGACGAGGUGGAGGCUCGCGAUGGCUCUUCUCCAACUUCCCCCCCCCCACCCCUUUUUUCCCUCCAGCGCACGCUGACGGAGAAGCGCAAGCUGCUGAUACGGCAGCACGAGGACGCCAAGGAGCUGAAGGACAACCUGGAUCGGCGCGAGCGGGCCGUUUACGACAUCCUGGCCAGCUACCUGCCCGAGGACGGCAUGGCCGACUACGAGCACUUUGUCAAGAUGAAGUCGGCGCUCAUCAUCGAGCAGCGCAAGCUGGAGGACAAAAUCAAGCUGGGCGAAGAGCAGCUCAAGUGCCUGCUGGACAGUUUGCCCAUCGAGCAGCGCUUGGCUUUUUGAAAGGCUUGCUGUGAGGUGCACCUCGCCUCCACCGGGGGCCGCCAGAGUCUGAGGUAUUUCUCUGUCAGCCCCAACACGGCUGCCUGAAGAAAGAUGCUGCUUUUUCUCGGCACCUGUGUUGAAUGCAGUGAAACCCUGUUUAUCGUGGGGGGAUACGCUACACACUCACCCGUGAUCCAUGAAAACCUGCGGUAUGAAGAGACCAGAUUAAAAAAUGUUUUCCUUUUUUUUUUUUUUCCUUUUUUUUUUUGGGCCACACAAAAUAGAAGAGAUUGAAACAUUGCACAGUGGUGCCUUGAGACACAAGUGAACAAGCUUACGAGUUUUUUUGUUUUGUUUUUUUGGUUUGACUUGCAAACAUUUGACAUGUAAUCACGGUAUGGUGACAGUUACCACAGUUCACUUUGUUCGCAGCAAGUAGCAAUUUGGCUGAUCGGGAAAAAUUUACCAAGCAAAAAAUUUCAAGUUAUUUAAAUGCCACUCCCUUGAAGUUUACCAUCAAACUGAACAAAACACCAAAACAACUUCGCCUUCUGCCAGCUCAAUAUUAACGCACAGUGCAAAAUGGCACAGAUGGCCUAAUGAAUAGCAUCACUAGGUGUGCUGUUAAAGUCCUUGAAGCAACAGAUAUUUGGACACAAACGGUGCCUCAACACACAGACAGACAAUUGAGUAAUACAAUUCUCACAGGCAUAUAUUCUUUAUCCUCCGAGAAAGCCGACAAAUUAUAGCAGCGAACUGAGUCACAGUCCGUGUGAAACUUUUUCAUUUGACUGCAUGACUGCAUUACUCUGCCCCUCAGUGGCUAAGUCACACACAUCAGAAGGUGCCAAAUAAAUUCCUCGUGAUGCACAAACAAA